AUGUUCACCAGCACACGGAUCGUCAUCAUCACCACUUUCGCCGACUCCGAAGUGAGCCCCACUUUGAUCAGCUCAAACAGCGUCUCUAUAGGCGGCGUGAUCAGCACGAUCGACCGCAGAAUGUCAAACCCAAGCAAUUUCGACGCCGGGUCCCAGGUGUUGAUGAUCUUGCCCGCCAAAACCGCCAGCUCCUUCUUUGGUUCGUCCAGCUUCGAGAAUUGCAAGUACUCCGUCUGGGGCAGAAUCCCCGUCUUUUUGUACGCCGGGUCCUGGUACGGCUCGGACGAGGCCGCGCCCUGCUGGCCCAGAGUGGCUCCCUCCGUGUUGGACAGAAUGAACUCCACCACCUGCGGCGCAUACGACGCUGGCAGGUCGUUGUCCAGCAGGAACUGGUCGGCCACCGUGUGGGGGCUGUCGCUGACGUUUGGAGGCCGAGCUCACCACUUCCCCAAUUUUCCCCCACCCGGAGUCCCCCCACUGGUACACCUCGGUGGUGCCGAUCUCUGUGCGGACGAGUUUUGUCUGGCCUGGCACGGAGCCUUUGGUCUUGAGAGCGUCCCUUGGCUCGACGGUCUUAUUAACGUUGUAGACGCUGUCGUUGACGGUGGAGUUUUGCAGUUCUGUCUCAAACUCGUCGAGCAGCUCGCGAGCAGCCACACGCGACCCGGUCCGCGUAAAAAUACGCACUUUCGAGUCGCUCGAGCCGGUCACGAUGUCGCCGUUGGCAAGCACAAUCACCUUCCAGACAGUGACACACGGCAACGUGAUUGUCUGGACAAGGUCCCCUGCCGGGCUCCACACCCGCACGGAUCUGUCCUCGCCAGAACUGACCAGCUCGCCCGUCGGAAGCACCGCCAGCGAGUACACAAAGUUCUGGUGUCCACGCAGAGUCUGCAACAGCUGGCCCUGGUAGCUCCAUAUUUUGAUGGUGGCGUCGUUCGAGCACGAAACAAUGGUUUUGUUGUCCAGAACCAGCACGUCACGCACCACGUCGGCGUGGGCGGUCCAUUGGCCCGUUUGCUUGUCGCCGUGCCAGGUUCUGAUGGUCCGAUCUGCCCCACACGUGACAAACUCGUUCUCAGAGACGAUCUGAACACCCCAGACGGAGCCUUCGUGGCCCUUGAGGUCGUGCACCACGGUGCCGUCCUUGUGCCAGACCUUGGCUGUGCCGUCCCAGGACCCGGAAAUGAUGAGGCUGUCUUUCGAGGCCAAGGCGCACACGUUUGCGUCGUGGCCCACCAGAAUAUACGCCGGGUCGACCCAAUCGAAACUGGAGUCGACGAGCGUCAGGUUCACGAGUCCAUCGUUCCCGCCGCUGACAAUGUACUGCUCGGACCCGGCCUGAUAAGCGGCCAGACUGUUGACAAACUUGGGGGCCUUGAAGUUGAUCGUGGGGUCUGCCCACGAUCUCGGGUCAAUUCGUCUCCAAACACGCACGGUGGAGUCUCUGGACCCAGAAACAACGGUGUCCUGGUCGGGAGAACACAAUGCACGAACGUCGUCCUCAUGGCCCGCUAA